GUUCGUUCCGUCGACAGUCAUCAGUUCACCGUCGAACGUCGAAGUGACUAAAGAUAAAAAUGAAGUCGAAUUUGCGGAGCCUUCCUUUUCUUCUUCUUCUUGGAGCCGCGUUGCUGCUGGGAUCGGCUUUGGCACAAGAGGAAUGCAUCCAGGAGGGGAACUGCAAGCGCCCGGACUGCGUCUGUGCAAGCACAAGCAACCCCAUCGCCCCGCUGCCGCUGGAAUUCGCGCCACAGUUCGUCGUCGUCACCGUCAACGACGCCAUCACGGUGACCAACUUCAGGUUCUACAAGGAGCUCGUCUCGACUUUCAGGAAUCCUAACGGCUGCAGGAUGUCCAUGACGGCGUUCCUGACCCAUCUCAACACCGACUACACUCUGGCCAACGAGCUCUGGCGACUCGGCAGCGAGAUCGGCGUUCGCUCUGUCACGAGUUCUCCCGUGCCCUACUGGAAACAAGCCAACUACAGCGAGUGGUACAGCGAGUUCAGCGAGGCCAAGAAGAUGAUCCAUAACUUCGCUCGCAUUCCUGAGGAGGAAAUAGUCGGGACACGUGCCCUCCACAUGGAAGUAGGAGGUGACGAGAUGUACCGCGCCCUCAGAGAUGCGGGUUACAAGUACGACUCUUCUUGGACAGCUCUGGACUACACAAACUGGUACGAGAAUGCUAAAGGUGCCCUCUAUCCUUACACUCUUGAUUUCCAAUCCCCACAGGUACCUCACGACUGCCCCGUGGGAAGAUGCCCACAAAACACCUACAAUGGCUUGUUUGUGACCCCUGUCCUCAAUUUGAAAUCCAUCUCUGGGGACCCCUGCAACAUGGUGGAUGCCUGCCAGAGCUCUUACAACGAGACGGACUGUCCGGAGCAGAAAUGUGAGGACCGAGUCUUCCAAUUCCUCAAAGAAAACUUCGAGUAUAAUUACCACGGCAACCGAGCACCCUUUGGCCUACACACUCUGCCAGCGUGGUUUGAGUCAGACAAAAAUGUCAAGUCCACUGCGCACUGGAAAGGAUACAAGAGGUUCCUGCAGUAUGUUCAAGAUCUGGAUGAUGUCUGGAUCGUGUCUCAGAACAAGGUUGUGGAGUACAUGAAGAACCCAGUACCCGUAGGAGACAUUGCACAACUCGAAGCCUUCCAGUGCCCAACAAUUGACCCAGACACCAACUGCCCAGCCCCUAUGGGAUGUGAAUAUGACAGUUAUCCAGGCUCUGGCAAAAUAACCAUACGAAUUUGCUCCAGGCCGUGCCCUACCACUUAUCCAUGGCUGGGAAAUCCAACUGGCAUCUAGGGGUCCAGAAUUUUCCAUACCACAACCAUGGAAUUAGAACAUCAAAACUUGUUUCAAGAUAUUUGUCUCAGAGCAGUCCACAAGCAUUGAAAUACUGUACGUAAUUCUUUUGUACAAAACCAUGCAGUCUAAAUUACUUACCAUACAGCCAUAAUACCCUCAGAACAUAGAGUGCAGUACUUGUUAAUAAGUUAAAAUUUAAAAUGCAAUUUUAUACAACUCAUCGUUCAAGGCUCAUCUAAUUAAGGUAAUUUAAUGUAAACUCCACAUCAUUAUAUUAGUCCCAAACAUCACAUUUUGGAUGAAAGCUACUAAAAUCACGCGUCUACUACACUGCAGCUAUUACGAGAUAUCCAAAGGAAAUAUCAGUGGGUGGUAUUAAUCACAUGCAUUGCUUUUAAUAUCAUAAGGUUAACAUAAUGACAGUACCCACAUAAUACUCGAACUGGUCAUGUAUGAUUAUUUAGAAUUUCACCUCCAAAUUUUGUAAGCAGAAUAGUCAACGAAAUCUUAUAAAUAUAUGUGAUAAAAUUA